UGAGAAAAUGGCAUUGCCGUAGGCAGAAAAAAUUUGGGAGAGCUGAUAAUCAUAUGGAAAGGAGAGCUGGAGAGACAGAGAGAAAGAAUGACAUAGCGAGAAGAUGAGUCAAACAGGUGUAGUAGUUGAGUAGUAGUGUUGUUUCAGUCUGGCUUCAGAGACAAGACUCAUUCCCUCCAUCAGAUUUCAAUGAGAGGCUACGUGAGUACCACUCCCUAGCUGUGCUAUUGAAACUGGAUUCCAAACACAGUCCAGUUCCCUCUUGAAAUGAGACAUACCAAUUGGCCUCCUAAUCCAACAAAACCAUUACAGAAUCACCCACCAACCAAGGACCAAGCGGCGUGGUAAACAGAGGCAGCAGCAACAGCAGCAGCAGGAGAAGCGACAGGUGCAGCAGGAGCAAGAGCAGCAGCAGCAAAAGCAGCAGCAUGAGGAGCUAGCACGGCAGAGCGGUUGGAAGCCCGAGAGGCAGCCCCAAACAUUUCUUGGGGGGGGGGGGCACAGGGAGAGUGUGGCAGAGUCAGGAGUCAGACCUGAGCCAACUCCCCCUGUUUACUGUAAGGAGCCAUGGAUGGAUUUGGAGCUGUCGGCGAAGCUGAGUGCUGAGUCUGAGAGUGUUGAGGAUAUAUUGGACAGAGUAGAGAGAAGGCUGUUGGUUUGGCAUAGUAGGCAAGGCAUUCGCCCUGAGGUAUGUGUCCCCAGCCCGGUAGCACCAGUGCCGGCACCCCGCACCAGGCUGUCUCUCCGUCCCAUCAACACAGGUGCUCCCGCCUGUCCGGCGCGACCAGAGUUUCCGCCCCUCAGUCCAGAGGCGCCAGAGCCCCUCAGUACCAGAGGCGCCAGAGCCCCUCAGUACCAGAGGCGCCAGAGCCCCUCAGUACCAGAGGCGCCAGAGCCCCUCAGUCCAGAGGCGCCAGAGCUUCUCUGUCCAGCACUGCCAGAGCCUUCCUGUCCAGCGCCGCCUGAGCUACCCGUCUGCCCAGCGCCGCCAGUCUGCCCAGCGCCGCCAGCCUGCCCAGCGCCGCCAGUCUGCCCAGUGCCGCCAAGUGCCGCCUGUCUGCCCAGCGCCGUCAGUGCCGCCAGUCUGCCCAGCGCCGUCAGUGCCGCCAGUCUGCCCAGCGGCGCCAGUGCCGCCAGUCUGCCCAGCGGCGCCAGUGCCGCCAGUCUGCCUAGCGCCGCCAGUCUGCCUAGCGCCGCCAGUCUGCCUAGCGCCGCCAGUCUGCCCAGCGCCGCCAGUGCCGCCAGUCUGCCCAGCGUCGCCAGUAUGCCCAGCACCGCCAGUCUGCCCAGUGCCGCCAGUCUGCCCAGCGCCGCUAGCGCCGCCAGUGCCGCCAGUCUGCCCAGCGCCGCCAGAUCCGCCAUUCAGCCAGGAUCUGCCAGAACUGCCAGUCAGCCAGGAUCCACCAGUCUGCCAGGAUCUGCCAGAACUGCCAGUCUGCCAGGAUCCGCCAGUCAGCCAGGAUCUUCCAGAUCCGCCAUUCAGCCAGAAUCUGCCAUUCAGCCAGGAUCCGCCAUUCAGUCAGGAUCUGCCAGAACUGCCUGUCAGCCAGGAUCUGCCAUUCAGCCAGGAUCCGCCAUUCAGCCUGGAUCUGCCAGAACUGCCUGUCAGCCAGGAUCCGCCAUUCAGCCAGGAUCUGCCAGAACUGCCUGUCAGCCAGGAUCCACCAGUCAGCCAGGAUCUUCCAGAUCCGCCAUUCAGCCAGGAUCCGCCAUUCAGCCAGGAUCUGCUAUUCAGCCAGGAUCUGCCGGAACCGCCAGUCAGCCAGGAUCUGUCGGAACCGCCAGUCAGCCAGGAUCUGUCGGAACCGCCAGUCAGCCAGGAUCUGCCGGAACCGCCAGCCAGCCAGGAUCUGCUCGAUUCAUCAACCUGCCUGAGCUUCCUCUCAGUCCUGAGCUUCCUCUCAGUCCUGAGCUUCCUCUCAGUCCUGAGCUUCCUCUCAGUCCUGAGCUUCUUCCCUGUCCUGAGCUUCUUCCCUGUCCUGAGCUUCUUCCCUGUCCUGAGCUUCUUCCCUGUCCUGAGCUUCUUCCCUGUCUUGAGCUUCUUCCCUGUCCUGAGCUUCUUCUCAGUCCUGAGCUUCCUCUCAGUCCCGAGCUUCCUCAGUCCCGAGCUGCCCCUCAGUCCAGUGUGGCCCGUUGUUAGGGUUCCUAGGCCAAAGUUAGCGGCGAGGGUCGCCACUCAAGGGACGCUAAGGAGGGGGACUAAGACAAUUAUGGAGUGGGGUCCACGUCCAGCGCCAGAGCCGCCACCGUGGACAGAUGCCCACCCAGACCCUCCCCUAUAGGUUUAGGUUGUGCGUUCUGAGUCCGCACCUUGGGGGGGGUACACUGUCACGUUCUGACCAUCGUUCGUGUGUGUUUUCCUUGUUUUAGUGUUGGUCUGGACGUGAGCUGGGUGGGGAUUCUAUGUUGUGUGUCUGGUUUGUCCAUUUCUAUGUUAGGCCUGAUAUGGUUCUCAAUCAGAGGCAGGUGUUAGUCAUUGUCUCUGAUUGGGAACCAUAUUUAGGUAGCCUGUUUUGUGUUGGGUUUUGUGGGUGAUUUGUUCCUGUCUUUGUGUUUGUGGCACCAGAUAGGACUGUUUUGGUUUUUGCACGUUUCUUGUUUUGUAGUGUUUGUGUUUUAGUUGUUUUAUUAAAACAUGAAUCUCAAUAGCCA